CUGCGUGGCUCAGUCCCACCCAAGACACCCACCAUGAAAUACUUUGCUAUCUGCGCUCUGCUCAUCCUCCCGCUGGUCAGCGGCGGCGUCGUGCCCCAGCCCAGGACCUUCGAAUAUGAGAUAAACCAUAUGCCCUCCCCAUCUGAUCUGAAAGCCAUUGUCGAGCAGGUUCAGGCCGUAGUGCAGAACUUGGCCCGGGAUAAUGCUGAUCUGAUUCCGGAUAUCUCCGUCCAGGCUGAUGCCGCUUUCCUGCCCGACAUCUCCAUGCUCACCGAUGCUGACACCACACCGAAGCGGAGUUACUAUGGUCUGAAGACGGCCCCUAUUGCCAAGUUGGUGGGAGCAGUUGGCAGUGCCGAUGCCGAUUUAAUUCCCGACAUUUCUGUGGCCUCCGAUGCCGAUAACACUCCCAAGAAAAACAUCCCCGGACUGAAGGCUCUUCCCAAACUCGCCAAGGUUUCUGGAGCCGAGCCUGUGGAGCCUCAGGCUGAUGCAGAUUUGAUUCCCGACAUCUCCGUGGCCAGCGAUGCCGAUGACACCCCCAAGAAGGCCAUCGAUGGACUGAAGGCUCUUCCCAAACUCGCCAAGGUUUCUGGAGCCGAGCCUGUGGAGCCUCAGGCUGAUGCAGAUUUGAUUCCCGACAUCUCCGUGGCCAGCGAUGCCGAUGACACCCCCAAGAAGGCCAUCGAUGGACUGAAGGCUCUUCCCAAACUCGCCAAGGUUUCUGGAGCCGAGCCUGUGGAGCCUCAGGCUGAUGCAGAUUUGAUUCCCGACAUCUCCGUGGCCAGCGAUGCCGAUGACACCCCCAAGAAGGCCAUCGAUGGACUGAAGGCUCUUCCCAAACUCGCCAAGGUUUCUGGAGCCGAGCCUGUGGAGCCCCAGGCUGAUGCAGAUUUGAUCCCCGACAUCUCCGUGGCCAGCGAUGCUGACUUCAACCCCAAGGCCACCCUUGCCGAACUCCUGGCCAAGCUUCUCCAGAAGUAGCUCCACGAAUUGACAUCAGACUCUGUUUAAAACCGAAAAAUAGAUAUCUCUCUGGUUGUGUGUAUUUGUGUUCCUAAGUUUUUAUGAUUGCCAUUAAUCAACUCGAGCAGCACUGAA